AUCAUGUUUGCAUUUAUCUAUAAAAAUAUUGUUUGUUUACAUGUACCAAAAAGUAGAGUUGCCUCGGGCACUAGUAUAGUUGAAAUGAAGCGACGGCUGAUUCCCAAAAUUAGUAUACCGAUCUCUACGAUGUAGAAGAUGGACACACAACAACAAUUGCCCUUUCUUUCGUGACCACCAAUGCCAUAUCCAAACGAUACCCUUCUGAGCAUAUUUGUUAAAAAUACACGGCUCAAAGAAAGAAACGUGCCCACAUAUCCCAACUCGUACGCCAACUGCUAUAUAAAUGCAUGUGGUACGAGCGAGCUACAUAUCGAUAUACGACGACGACGACGAUGAUGAUAUGCAGGGAGAGGAGAAUGUUGGCAGUGGCUGUUGCUACGUGUAAAGUAGUGAUAGUACUUGGAGCUCUGCUGCUGCAGAUUGCUCAAUCUCAAUCACCGGUUGAGCGGUCGGACCACAAGUGCGGCCAAUACCCCGACGGCACAUGGGCUCAAUGCGGCCCGGGACGAUGUUGCAGUACCAAAUUCUACUGCGGCGACAAUUGGGAGCACUGUGACGGUAUUUAUUGUUGGUACCAGUGUCAUAAGGUUCCUUAUCCUCCGGCAGGAGGAGGAGUACUCAUCGCACCUCUUCUACUUAACGAUACGCUUCAUAACCGCUAUUUGAAUGGUGAUCAUGAUGAUAAUGAUGAUCUCGUGGAAGUGCGGCCCGCCAAUGCUUCUUCUUCUUCUUCUUCUUCUUCUUUCUCGUCACCGUUAUCGUGUGCAGCUUCUCUCUCCCGCUUGCCUCUAGCUUCUCGUCACAAGUAUCCUUUUGCUGCUCUACCUGCUCCGCGGCCUCAAAACAAUGCUACUGUUACUCACUGCGGACGUUGUUUGAAGGUCACAAGUUUUGGAGUUGAAGGGCUUCCUAAUCAAGUGAAGGUCCGCAUUGCUCAUGAGCAUACCAAUCAGGGGCUUGAAUUAUUGGAUUUCAAUACCUUCAAACAACUUGAUAUAGAUGGUAGUGAAAUUACUAAAGGUCGUAUCUUGGUGAAGUAUCAGUUUGACAAUUGUUAAAAGAUAUGUACUUGUACGUUUGUCAGCGGUAUGCAAGUACUCGUAAUGAAAUACUUAUAACAAA